GUAGCUGUCAAUCACGAGGGGAGACUCCAAACAGUGAGCCUGGAUCUGGAGAACAGCGUUUACCGGCGGGGCGGCCGAUUGUAUGAAUGAAGUUAUGGCUACAGAUUCCCCCAGAAGACCCAGUCGAUGUACUGGUGGAGUUGUUGUUCGCCCCCAGGCUGUCACGGAGCAGUCCUAUAUGGAGAGUGUUGUGACUUUUCUGCAGGAUGUUGUACCACAGGCUUACAGUGGAACACCUCUAACAGAAGAAAAGGAGAAAAUAGUCUGGGUCAGAUUUGAAAAUGCAGAUUUAAAUGAUACAUCAAGAAAUCUGGAAUUUAAUGAAAUACAUAGCACGGGCAAUGAGCCACCUUUGCUGGUUAUGAUUGGCUACAGUGAUGGAAUGCAAGUGUGGAGCAUCCCUAUCAGUGGGGAAGCACAAGAGCUGUUUUCUGUUCGACAUGGCCCUGUUCGAGCAGCUAGAAUCUUACCUGCCCCGCAGUUUGGUGCGCAAAAGUGUGACAACUUUGCUGAAAAAAGACCCCUCCUUGGUAUUUGUAAGAGCACUGGAUCUUCUGGCACAAGUCCACCUUACUGUUGUGUGGAUCUAUAUUCACUUCGUACUGGGGAGAUGGUCAAGUCCAUUCAGUUUAAGACACCAAUCUAUGAUCUCCAUUGCAACAAGCGGAUCUUGGUCGUAGUCUUACAGGAGAAAAUUGCUGCAUUUGAUAGCUGUACUUUUACAAAAAAAUUUUUUGUUACAAGCUGCUAUCCUUGUCCAGGGCCAAACAUGAAUCCUAUUGCUCUUGGGAGUCGUUGGCUUGCUUAUGCAGAAAACAAGUUGAUUCGAUGUCAUCAGUCCCGUGGUGGAGCCUGUGGAGACAACAUUCAAUCUUAUACUGCCACAGUCAUUAGUGCUGCUAAAACAUUGAAAACUGGCCUGACAAUGGUUGGGAAAGUGGUGACUCAGUUGACAGGCACGCUACCCUCAGGUAUGACAGAAGAUGAUGUUGCUGUCCACAGUAAUUCAAGGCGGAGUCCUUUGGUCCCAGGCAUCAUCACAGUUAUUGAUACUGAAACAGUUGGAGAAGGCCAGGUUCUUGUGAGUGAGGAUUCUGACAGUUGUGGUAUCGUGGCUCACUUCCCUGCUCAUGAGAAGCCAGUGUGCUGUAUGGCCUUUAAUACAAGUGGAAUGCUUCUGGUUACAACAGAUACACUUGGCCAUGAUUUUCAUGUCUUCCAAAUCCUGACACAUCCUUGGUCCUCUUCACAAAGUGCUGUACAUCAUUUAUAUACUCUUCACCGGGGAGAAACGGAAGCCAAAGUACAAGACAUCUGCUUCAGCCACGACUGUCGCUGGGUGGUGGUCAGUACACUCCGGGGUACUUCCCACGUUUUCCCCAUCAACCCUUAUGGUGGCCAACCCUGUGUCCGAACACACAUGUCACCACGAGUAGUCAAUCGUAUGAGCCGGUUCCAGAAAAGUGCUGGACUGGAAGAGAUUGAACAAGAACUGACAUCUAAGCAAGGAGGUCGCUGUAGUCCUGUUCCAGGUCUAUCAAGUAGUCCUUCUGGAUCACCUCUUCAUGGGAAACUAAACAGCCAAGACUCUUAUAAUAAUUUCGCCAACAACAACCCUGGCAACCCUCGGCUCUCUCCUCUCCCCAGCUUAAUGGUUUUGAUGCCUCUUGCACAAAUCAAGCAGCCCAUGACAUUGGGGACCAUCACCAAGCGAACAGGGCCUUAUCUGUUUGGAGCGGGGUGUUUUUCCAUAAAAGCUCCAUGCAAAGUUAAACCACCUCCACAAAUUUCACCCAGUAAAUCCAUGGGCGGAGAAUUUUGCGUGGCUGCCAUUUUUGGGACAUCCAGAUCAUGGUUUGCAAAUAAUGCAGGUCUGAAGAGAGAAAAGGAUCAGUCCAAACAAGUUGUAGUUGAGUCUCUCUACAUUAUUAGCUGCUAUGGGACCUUAGUGGAACACAUGAUGGAGCCACGGCCACUCAGCACUGCUCCCAAGAUUAGCGAUGACACCCCGCUGGAAAUGGUGACCUCACCUCGAGCCAGCUGGACUUUGGUUAGAACUCCUCAGUGGAAUGAAUUGCAACCACCAUUUAAUGCAAAUCACCCUCUGCUCCUCGCUGCAGAUGCAGUACAGUAUUAUCAGUUCCUGCUUGCUGGCCUGGUUCCCCCUGGAAGUCCUGGACCCAUUACUCGGCAUGGGUCCUAUGACAGUUUAGCUUCUGACCAUAGUGGACAGGAAGAUGAAGAAUGGCUUUCUCAGGUAGAAAUUGUAACUCACACUGGACCCCACAGACGUCUGUGGAUGGGUCCACAGUUCCAGUUCAAAACCAUCCAUCCCUCAGGCCAAACCACAGUCAUAUCAUCUAGUUCAUCUGUGUUGCAGUCUCACGGUCCAAGUGAUACUCCACAACCCCUUUUGGAUUUUGAUACAGAUGACCUUGAUCUCAACAGUCUCAGGAUCCAGCCGGUCCGCUCCGACCCAGUCAGCAUGCCAGGGUCAUCCCGUCCAGUCUCUGAUCGAAGGGGAGUUUCUACCGUGAUUGAUGCUGCCUCAGGAUGUUAGAAGAUCAAAGUCAAGUUAACAGUGUGGAAAAAUUAGCUCAGCACAAUUAAGGACAAAAAUGAUUGCCCCAGUUGAAGAUGAAGAAACGGUAAACAGAAGUAGAAGAAGCUGUUGAGUGUUUUUUUUUUUUUUUCCAGAUGACACAUUGCUUCUUUGAAUAAAUCUUUGUGUCAACUAAAACCUUGCCUUUGCUUUCUCUAUUGUAAGCACCAAGUCCUUGACAUGACUUUAAGUCUUUCCUAAGCAUUUUGAGAAGGAAUUGAUGGAAUUAUCCCAGUGUUGAUAUACCAGGAUACCACAUAAUUACAUGGGACUUUUUGGCCAAGAGACCUAGCUUUUCUCCUUUGUACCUUUAGUUGUAUAUAACUUUUUAAUAUAAAGCUGGGCAGUUUAUGUAGUCUGUUGUCUGAGACUCUGGUGGCAGAGGGACAAUAUUGGGGCAGUAUUAGAAUUUGUUUAAGUCUGAACCGGGAAUUCCAUUUGUCUUAGUGACAUGAGUGUCAAACUGUUAGUGCCACACUAUUUUAAAUUGUGUCCAAGAGCCUGAGAGUCUUAUGCUUAUAGGUGCCAUCUAUAAACUUAGAAACAAACAAAAGAGCCCUCUCUCCAUUUAAUAUGUAAGCCCAGUGAGUAAUUACAAAGCAGCCUGGGGCCUCACCCAGGCAGCUAGUUAAAACCAGAGAUCACGAUAUUUUCCUGCAUAUUGUUGAAAAUUAUCGUAAACAAUCUAAAGCAAAUAAUCAAAGUGAAAAAUAAUGUUUCUGGGAAAAACCUUGUUGUGGAAGUGUAGUGUAGAGGAAAAGAAUGACUAGUAGGGUAUGAAUCUUUGGUUCUAGACUCAGUUGUCUGGAACUACUUGUGUGGCAGAUUGUUUCAAAACUCUAGUGUUUCUUCCAAUUAAUGAGGGAAUUGAAGUGUGUUAUUUCCAAAGUCCCUUCCUGCUUGAAAAUGUGACAGAUCUUUAAUUUGUAUUACCAUGGUGGAUGUUUCCAAAGUUAGGAUAUACUUUACACAUAGCAAAAAUGCACAUGUCUUAAUCACAUAGGCAUGUGAUAGGUAUGAGCUUUCAUACCUAUGUCAAUCAUCACUGAUGGAAAUAUCAAAUAUUUCCAUCAUUGCACAAAGUUCCCUCAUGCCCCUUCCUGGCAAUACUAACUUUGUUGGAGAGAUAACCAAGUGACUUUGAUCAUCAAAUAGCUUUGUCUAUACUGAAAUUCAUGUAAACGAAAUCAUUCUCUGCCUAUUUGUUUGCAUCUGGCUUCUUUUAUUCACACUUGUUGAGAUUCACCCAGGUAUUUCAUUGUGUCACUCCUUCAUUUUUUAAGAUUUCACUGUAGGGUGAUCACACCGUUUAUGUAAUCAUUUUGCUGUUGUUUCUGACU